CUUCCCGGGCCCCGUAAAGCUAGGGCAUCAUCUAACCAAAGUGUAUCUCCUUCAUCCUCGACAGGCCCAAGAAUGCAACAAACUUACAGAUACAAUGAAUUGAAUUCAUAUCAAGAUGUCUCAUGGAACAGACAAUUCUCAAACCCACCACACGGCCAAAGUUCCUACUUAAGCACUAAUGGAGUUGGAAAUGCGCUAUCGAUUGAUGCUGGAAGCGAAGGUGAGCUAACACCACUUCCCCGUGCCAGAAAUCAAAACGAACCGCAUCCAAGAAGUCAAUCCACUGCUCUCGGAAGGUUCUGGGCACCACAAACGGAAGUUUCUCCUGAAAACAAGGCAAACAAAUUCAGUGGAAAAGAACUCUACAAUAGAUUUCUUGUCUCUUUUCGUAAGAAGAAAAAGGAACCACAAGAAGAGACGGUACCAGAGUCUAUUCCACCUGCAUCUGCAAGAGCGACAAAUGAAAAUGCGGCCAAACCUACGAAAUCGGUGGCUGAGACGGUGAAAGCAUGUGUUUUGCUUCUAGAUGGUGAGGAAGUGUCAUUGAAACUCAGUAAAAAGGCGGUUGGCAUGGAGCUCAUUAAACGCGUAUGUGAUGGGCAGGAUAUUAUUGAAACGGACUAUUUUGGAAUUACCUACACAGACAAGAAACUGGGAACUUGGUUUUGGUUGGACUUUGAUAAAAAGAUAAUUAAACAAGUUCCGUAGUUCGCUCAAGGUGAACUCUCCAGAGUACUGCCAUGGUAA